GGUCCCUGGUGGAAGGGGGCGGAAGCCAAGUGAGCCGCUUAGUCCGUCGCCGUCGACGUUAGUCGCUGCCGUCGCUGCUAACGAAGAGAUUGCGCCGUCACCCACCCAGGACUCGAGAACGCAAAGUGAAAAACAAAGCAGCCACGCCACGCCACUCCCCCGCGGAACUCACAGAUGGGGAGGGGGAGAACGCCACGGCAUUAGAUGAGGUCACAACUUGGAGCGACCCUGGAAGGACAGUCGUGUGUGGUGUCCCUGGGGAAGGGGAUGCUCGAGCUGAAAGUUGAAUGGCAAACAGUACGCCAGCAGGAGUUAGUGUGCAACAGACCUGUGGGAGAGAAAACUUGGCCCGUGAGAACAUGAGAGAAAUAAAGAAGCCUGCAGAGUUGGGAUCUCAGACCUCAAGUUCUGUUAGGAGUUGCUAAAAUCAUGGUGAAAUGUUGCUCGGCCAUUGGAUGUGCUUCUCGCUGUUUGCCAAAUUCCAAGUUAAAAGGACUGACAUUUCAUGUAUUCCCCACAGAUGAAAACAUCAAAAGAAAGUGGGUAUUAGCCAUGAAAAGACUAGAUGUGAAUACUGCAAGCAUUUGGGAGCCUAAAAAAGGAGAUGUUCUGUGUUCAAGGCACUUCAAGAAGACAGACUUUGACAGAAGCACUCCAAACACUAAGCUGAAAGCAGGAGCCAUCCCUUCUGUCUUUGAAUCUCCAUAUCACUUACAGGAGAAAAGAGAAAAACUUCAUUGUAGAAAAAACUUCAUUCUCAAAACCCUUCCUGUCACCCACCAUGGCCACCAGCUUGUUGGUGCCUCCUGCAUUGAAGAAUUCCAACCCCAGUUCAUUUUUGAACAUAGCUACAGUGUUAUGGACAGCCCAAAGAAGCUUAAGCAUAAGCUAGACCAUGUGAUCAUCGAGCUGGAGAAUACCAAGGAAAGCCUACGGAAUGUUUUGGACCGAGAAAAACACUUUCAAAAGUCACUGAAGAAGACAAUCAUGGAACUAAAGGAUGAAAGUCUGAUCAGCCAGGAAACAGCCAAUAGGCUGGGUGCUUUCUGUUGGGAGUGCUGUCAUGAAAGCCCAGCAUGAGGCUGUAGUUUAUGAUGUCAUUUCUUAUGUGCUCCAUCUGCAGUUGACAUGACAAUUUCUCUUAGAAGAUUCUCCCACACCUCCACUCAAGUCGGUCAGCACCAACAUCAUUAUGGAAGCCUAAAGCUUGUUAAGGAUAUGCAGAAAGCUGGUGUGGUCAUGCUCUUGUGUGACUUGUGACAAUUAUGUUUUUACAGACAUAAACCAAUGCUGGGUCACUACUGUAAGGUGGUUAAAUCUCACAAAAGUAAGGAAAUAAUAUCAAGUUGGCCACAUUAAGUUCUGGCAACUAGAAAGAACAACAUAUGUUUACUUGUAUAUGCUUUAUAGUAAGUUGUGAUUCUAAUUGUAAAUAUUUUACUAUAAAGCAGAAUUUGUUUACAAUACAUAUUCAUCUAGCACCCACCCCAAGGUGCUUUUGUUAUUAAUCAUGCUACAGAGUAUUAUUUUUAAUAAGACUCUCAGUAGCACUGAUCCUGAGAAUAACGCAUGGAAAAGACUGCCUUUUAAGUUAAGAGACAAUUAAAGGAGACUGCUGAAAGGGUGCCAGUUGUCAGGUACAGCGCACCAUUCCUCCACACCAGGACCAGUCUGAUGGAAACCAGAAAGAAUAGCAGUAAGCGCCAAAGUGGAAACAUGUAAAACAUAAGGAAACUUAUAUAAAGCGUAAGAAAACUGUAAAACAUAAGGAAAAGUUUUUCAAAUAUACAGGCCUUGUCAUGGAAAUAGAAGCAGAGAAUUGUCCCAUGGCAGUAAUUAACUACCUAGAGAAAUGGACAUUCAAAAGAGCUGCUUUGAAACUUCUUACCAAAUAGACAAAAGAAAAGUCUUAACUAUUUACUGAUUGAGCCAAAUGUGAAAAUUAACUGAAGUUAAAGAGUCAUAAAUACUGUCUUAAAAAGUAUUGCCCAAAGUCCCACCCCAUGCCAAGCACAGGUCUGUGAAUGAACUUUAUUCAGAGACCUGUGCAUAGUCACCAGAAUAUGGGUAGCGAUUGUUUCAUUGUUUUAUUAAAUCACUUUCAUGUUUUGUAACUUUGUUUCAUAUUAGUAUCAUACAGAUAUGGUCAGUUGAAGAUUUUUGUGUUGAGGAUAUUUAAUUUUCAUGUGGGACUGUAAAUCUUUCCUCUAAAAGAGACUUUUCCCCACAUUUGAAAGGUAAGUAUUGUUCUAAGAGGGGAAUGACUGAGAUCCGUUCAUUCCCUCACGUGUUUUGUUUUUAACUGCCUGCAUGUCAUUUCUUUUCCCUGUAUAAUGUCUAAGUCACCAUGGGUACUCUAACAGGAAGUGUGGGUAGAUUCUAAGCCCCCAGCCACUCUGUGAACAUGGACAUUGAAGUUGGUGACAGAGUGACUGGAAGGGAAGGCUGCAGCAGUCUGCAGACUUAGCCUCCCCUGGCCUGCAAGACUUUCCAAAGGCAGGGUCCAGGUCCUCCCCGGUUACAGUUACCCGGCCACUCCGCUGCCUCUGUCUUGCUCAGCUCAAGUCUUUGUCCUCUUUCACUAGGUCUAGUGUCACUCAGAAGUUGGUAACUGGGAGAACUAUCAGUAAGAACCCAUUUGCUCUUUAGUUACCAGUAGACAUCAGACUUAGGAGAGGAUCCCUGCCACCCACAUGCCUAAACACAGUCCCUACCUCAGUCCUCUGCUCAGAGAUGGCAGCCUAGGUCUUCCAGGGAAGGGCUGCUGCAUAGGAAGUAAAGCUACGCUAGGUGGUGAUGGUGAAUGGCCUUUGAUCCCAGCACUCCAGGGCUUAGAGGCACAGGCAGGUGGCUCUCUGUGAGACAGCCAGGGCUACACAGAGAAAUCCUGUCCUGAAAAAUCAAAGAUGAUGACAACGACGAUGACAAUGAUGAUGAUGCAAAGCUAAGUCAUGACCUAUCUAGAAAUCCCCAGGCAACCAAAGCUGACCCAAGAGCUCUAGUUUCUAAACCUAGACUGGUCUCUAGACCCUGAAACACCCUUGAGUUCCAAAGAAGGUACGAAGGACUUCUCCAGAUCAAGUUUAAACUUCUGAAAAUAAGCUUUGUUGCUAAAGGUAGCUAUAAUUAUACAAGUCUUUAAUUUGAGAAAAGAUGAAAA